AGAAGAGGGGGAGCUAAAGAAAACCCAACCAAACUGCGCCUACCCCCAGUCGAAGCCCGGGACCUGAAAGAAAAGAAUCCGCUCCAGCUCUGGGACGCGGUGGACCGACUCUCCACCGACAUUAAAAGCGAGUUUUGAAGCUCGUUUCGGGAGUCUCGUGCGCUCUUGGAGAGUUUACGCACGGACGCCGUCGACAUGGCACGGAUAACUGUUUUCUCCGGUUGAAAACUUCGCGUAUCCAAGGAGUUAUUUGGAAUUUUCUCCCUCCUGUUUUACAUGGAUAGGACGCUUUUAAAGGGAGUUAUAUGGUCCUAACUCGGACGCGCGUGCAACUAUUAGUGCCAAACGUCCAGCGUGCCGACCCUUCGUCUCCAGCCUGUGGGGCCACGGCUCUCCAGACAGGUCAGAGGUCAUCUACAACAUGAUGCCAGCCAGCCACCUGCCCAUCCUGCUCUCCCUGAGCGCCCUGCUGCUGUCUCCGCUGCUCACAGGCUCCUUGGCCUUAUCUUCACCCAGGUUCACAAAAGUACCUGUUGACAUGAUCGGCGUCUCCGGAGGUGUUGUAUCCUUCGUGUGCCAAGCCACAGGUGACCCCAAGCCAAGUGUAACCUGGAAUAAGAAAGGAAAGAGGGUGAAUUCUCAACGCAUCGAGACAAUAGAGUUUGACGAAGGUGCUGGGGCAGUCCUAAGGAUCCAGCCUCUCCGGGCGCCUCGAGACGAGAACAUCUACGAGUGUGUGGCCGAGAACACCGAAGGCGAAAUCAGCGUCCAAGCUAAGCUGUCAAUUAUCAGAGAGGACCUACUUCCUGCUGGCUUCCCCAACAUCGACAUGGGCCCACAGCUGAAGGUGGUGGAGCGCACACGCACAGCUACCAUGCUUUGCGCUGCCAGUGGUAACCCCGACCCGGAAAUCACCUGGUUCAAAGACUUCCUUCCCAUCGACCCCAGCACAAGUAACGGCCGAAUCAAACAGCUCAGAUCAGAGAGUACUCCCAUCCGAGGUGCGUUGCAGAUAGAAAACACUGAGGAAACCGACCAGGGAAAGUACGAGUGUGUGGCGUCUAACGUAGAAGGCGUCCGAUACUCUUCCUCUGCCAACCUGUAUGUGCGAGAGCUUCGAGAAGUUCGUCGCGUGCCCCCACGUUUCUCCAUCCUGCCUCCCACCGCGCAAGAGAUCAUGCCAGGGGGUAGUGUUAACAUCACCUGCGUCGCCGUUGGCUCGCCCAUGCCUUACGUCAAGUGGAUGCUUAACUCUGAGGACCUGACUCCCGAGGAUGAGAUGCCAGUGGGCAGGAACGUUCUGGAGUUAAACUCUGUCCGUGAAUCGGCCAACUAUACGUGCGUGGCCAUGAGCAGCCUGGGCAUCAUCGAGGCUAAUUCCCAAAUCAUUGUCAAAUCCUUGCCGAAACCUCCAGGUACUCCUGUUGUAACCGAAACUACUGCCACAAGUAUCACCAUCACCUGGGACAGUGGCAACCCUGAGCCCGUCUCCCAUUACAUCAUCCAGUAUCGCGCCAAAUCUCCCGAGAGCAAGUUUGAGACCGUGGACUCCAUCACCACCACUCGCUACAGCAUUGGAGGACUUUCUCCGAACACUGAUUACGAGAUUCGGGUGUCAGCCUACAACACCAUUGGCCAAGGCCCACCCAGUGAACCCGUUGAAGCUAGGACUGGGGAGCAAGCUCCCGCUAGCCCACCACGCAAUAUCCAAGCCCGUAUCAUCUCCCAGAACACCAUGAUGGUACGCUGGGAUGAACCCGAGGAGCCCAAUGGACAGAUAAAGGGUUAUCGGGUCUACUACACCAUGGAUCCAUCUCAGCCCAUGAACAUGUGGCACAUCCAUAAUGUACAGGACAGCGUGAUCACCACCAUUCAGAGUCUGGUGGCCACUGAGACCUACACCAUCAGAGUGCUGGCCUUCACGUCCGUAGGAGACGGACCUUUCUCGGAUCCCAUUCACGUCAAAGUUCUUCAAGGAGUCCCUGGACAGCCGACCAACUUCCAGGUUGGUGAGGUGUCAGACACGAGUGUUGAGUUAACAUGGGAACCGGCCUUCGAGAAAGAGGGGAUCAUCAGUUACGAACUGCAUUACAGAGAGGGCAGGCAAGAAUCCCAGGUAAAGAAAACAUUCGGCCCAACCUCUUCCUAUGUGGUGGAGGGUCUACGUGCAAAUACAGAGUACUUCUUCUCUCUGGCUGCCGUCUCCAACAAAGGCAUUGGAGCCUUCACCAACGAAAUAUCCCAAAGGACGUCCCAAGCCAAGCCCUCCGCCCCCCCUCAAGACAUUAAGUGCUCCAGCCCCAGCUCCACCACCCUGCUGGUAAGUUGGCGCCCUCCACCGGCUGAGAGCCAAAACGGGGCACUGUCCGGGUACAUAGUGCGCUACGCAGUGGUGGGGGCCGGGGCCAGCACGGAGCCCCUGGAGGAGCCAGCGGUGCCACCAUCGUUCAGUACGAUCUUGCUGCAACGGCUGGAGAAAUGGACCUUGUACCAAGUCACUGUGGCAGCCUCCACCAGCGUGGGUCCGGGUCCCGCAAGUGAGCCGCAGCUCUGCCAUACAGACGAGGAUGUGCCCGGGGCCCCCCCUCGGCGCGUGGAGGUCGAGGUGCUCAACUCCACCGCCAUCAAGGUGAUGUGGCGCUCCCUGUUGCCAGGGAAGCAGCACGGGCAGAUCCGCGGGUACCAGGUGCACUACGUCCGCGUGGAGAACGGCGAAUCUCGCGGCCUGCCCCUCAUCAAGGACGUCAUGCUAGCCGAUGCACAGUGGGAAAUGGACGACACAGCUGAAUACGAGAUGAUCAUCGGGGGCCUGCAGCCCGACACCACGUACUCCAUCACUGUGGCAGCCUACACCACCAAAGGAGACGGAGCCCGCAGCAAACCCAAGCUGGUGGUGACUAAAGGAGCAGUGUCGGGGCCUCCCUUUCUCUCCGUCAAUCAAAACUCAGAAACUACUGCAUUAGUACGCUGGCAACCCCCUGAUUUCGUCGCUCCGGGUCUCGAGGUGGAGGGUUAUCGCCUACAGUUCGGCCGAAAGGACGUGAGCCCCCUGGCCACGCUGGAGUUCAGCCCUCGGGAGUUGGAAUAUUCCAUUAGCAAUAUCCAUCGAGGGGCCACGUACAUCUUCAAAGUGUCCGCCAAGUCCAGAUCAGGAUUUGGCGAAGAGGCUACCCGAGAACUAAAAGUCCCAGAAGAGGUUCCUCGAGGGUAUCCUCAAAUAAUCGAAGGGUCUAACAUUACCUGCUGCUCGCUACAAUUUGCCUGGUUGCCUCCGGUGCUAGCAGAGCGCAAUGGCGCUAUAACAGAAUACACAGUGGCUUACCAGGAGGCCGGAACAGCCGGUGGACCCAAAGAACUGCGUCUGCCGGCAAGUGAGGACAGCUACACUCUCAAGAGUCUGAGGCCCAAUGCGGUGUAUGAUGUGAAAAUUCGAGCGCACACCAGUGUAGGUCCAGGGCCCUACAGCCCACCGAUCCAGUAUCGAACAGUGGCCUACGAAGCAGAUGUUCCUAAGAACUUCACUGUGAAGCUGGUCACCAAAACUGCAGUACUGCUGACCUGGAAGUUUUCCGAUAGCCGCUUCCCAUACCGCUGUAUGAUUGAGUACAACCGGCAGAAGGUUGAAAUUGAUGCUAGGAUGGCCAAAGCUCUCAUCACCAACUUGCGACCCAACAACACCUACGAGUUUAGAAUCGGCUGCCAGGAAAGCAGCGACGGUGGACCCAAACACAAGCUCAUCGCACGAACUGCACCACCUAUUCUGGUCCGAAAGCCAGAGUUUGACCUGAAAAGAGAGCCGGACAGUACGCUGACCAUUGUCUUCCCACCUCUGGAAUCCAAAGAGUUGAUAAAGACAGUCUAUGUUGUGGUGGUUCCUCUGAAGAAGGGAAGAGGUCCGAUCCGACACAUCAAGAGCCCAGAUGAACUGGACCUAGAAGAGUUGCUUGGUGAUAGAAGACUCGCUCGAACCACACGUCAGCUCAAGCAGGUGGACGGGAAGCGGCCUUACAUCGCUGCCAGCUUCAAGCCCUCAUCCAUGCCGCCGUCCUUCACCUUGGGCAACCAGAUGGUGUACAGCGGCUUUGAAAACAGGGUUCUGGAGCCCGGGCAGGAAUAUGUGUUCUUCAUCCUCGCCGAGCUCAACACCACUGGAGGGAAAUCGUUUGCUUCCAGUCCCUACACGGAUCCAGUCACGGCUCCUGACGUGGACCCUAAGCCCAUAGACACAGGAGGGGAUGGACUCAUCUGGGUGGUGGGGCCUGUUCUCGCUGUGGUCUUCAUAAUCUGUAUUGUGAUCGCGAUUCUCCUCUACAAGAACAGCAAGCCUGACAGCAGCAAACGUAAAGAGUCAGAGCCACGGACGAAAUGUCAUCUGAACAAUGUUGAUAUCACCCCUCACCAUCCCACAGACCCAGUGGAGAUGAGACGAAUCAACUUCCAAACUCCAGAUUCGGGUCUAAGCAGUCCUGUCAGUGAAGCCGGUUUUGACUAUGAAAGUAUGAUGAACCACCCUCCGAUACCCAUCUCUGAGCUAGCCGAGCACACAGAGCUCCUGAAGGCCAAUGACAACCUGAAGCUCUCCCAGGAGUAUGAGUCCAUCGAUCCGGGUCAGCAAUUCACCUGGGAGCAUUCCAACCUGGAGGUCAACAAACCCAAGAACCGCUACGCCAACGUCAUCGCCUACGACCACUCCCGCGUAAUCCUGGCACCCAUUGAAGGUAUCACAGGCAGCGACUACAUCAAUGCUAACUACACUGACGGCUACAGGAAGCAGAACGCUUACAUAGCUACACAGGGGCCGCUGCCGGAGACCUUCGGAGACUUCUGGAGAAUGGUGUGGGAACAACGAGCCACCACCGUGGUCAUGAUGACCAGACUAGAAGAGAAGUCAAGGAUAAAGUGUGACCAGUACUGGCCAAGUAGAGGGACGGAGACCUACGGUAUGAUCCAAGUGACGCUCCUGGACACCAUCGAACUCGCCACUUUCUGUGUGCGCACCUUCUCUCUACACAAGAAUGGUUCCAGUGAAAAGCGAGAGGUUCGACAGUUCCAGUUCACCGCAUGGCCAGACCACGGCGUUCCCGAGUACCCCACUCCAUUCCUGGCCUUUCUCAGGAGAGUAAAGACCUGCAAUCCACCGGACGCCGGCCCAAUCAUCGCCCAUUGCAGUGCUGGCGUGGGCCGCACAGGCUGCUUUAUCGUGAUUGACGCCAUGCUAGAGCGCAUCAAGCAUGAGAAGACGGUGGACAUCUAUGGUCACGUGACCCUUAUGCGCUCCCAGAGGAACUACAUGGUGCAGACGGAAGACCAGUACAGCUUCAUCCACGAUGCCCUCCUGGAGGCCGUAGCUUGCGGGAACACGGAGGUGGCAGCUCGUAGUCUCUUCUCCUAUAUCCAGAAGUUGGCUCAGGUGGAGACCGGAGAGCACGUCAGCGGCAUGGAACUGGAGUUUAAGCGUUUGGCGAACUCCAAAGCCCACACAUCCAGAUUCAUAAGUGCCAAUCUGCCAUGCAACAAAUUUAAAAACCGGCUGGUAAACAUCAUGCCGUAUGAGAGCACUCGAGUGUGCUUGCAGCCAAUCAGAGGGCUGGAAGGAUCCGACUAUAUCAAUUCUAGCUUCAUUGACGGAUACAGACAACAGAAGGCUUAUAUAGCCACACAAGGCCCAUUAGCGGAGACCACUGAAGACUUCUGGAGGAUGUUGUGGGAGAACAACUCCACCAUCGUGGUGAUGCUGACCAAACUGAGGGAGAUGGGACGAGAGAAGUGCCACCAGUACUGGCCGGCGGAGCGCUCCGCUAGAUAUCAGUACUUUGUGGUGGAUCCGAUGGCGGAGUACAACAUGCCUCAGUACAUCCUCAGAGAGUUUAAAGUGACCGAUGCUCGGGACGGCCAGUCCAGGACCGUUCGGCAGUUCCAGUUCACCGACUGGCCGGAGCAGGGCGUUCCCAAAUCAGGAGAGGGAUUCAUUGACUUCAUCGGACAGGUGCAUAAAACUAAGGAGCAGUUUGGACAGGACGGGCCCAUUUCUGUCCACUGCAGUGCUGGUGUGGGCCGGACCGGGGUCUUCAUCACGCUAAGCAUUGUGCUGGAGAGGAUGCGCUACGAGGGGGUGGUGGACAUCUUCCAGACGGUCAAAAUGCUGAGAACACAACGGCCAGCAAUGGUGCAAACAGAGGACGAGUACCAGUUUUGCUAUCAGGCAGCUCUGGAGUACCUUGGAAGUUUUGAUCACUAUGCAACGUAAAAAGCCAUUUUUUUCCCCCGACCAACAACCCCCCUCCCCACAACAGCCUCCUGAGCCAUAAAAAACUUGCUUGAAAACAUGAAACGAUGACAACUAUACACAAUUCUUACAAUUUUUUCGAAUAAUCAUCUUUUGGAACCAAUCAAAAUGCCUCGUGCGUAACCCCAAUUGGACAAGCAACACUGGAGAAGUGCAAAUGAAUCCCAAACCCUUCUACAUCCCAAGCUCGUGAAGGAGGAACCAAUCGUUUUGGCUCUGGCUGUAGGUGUCUGGGUGUCGGACCACUAACCUUACCUCAAGUGUUCUGACAUGGAGGACAAACAUCGUUUCGUUUCAAACUAACUCUGUGAACAUAUUACAAAAAGACGUGAAGGAAAAGUUGGUGAGAUACAACAGGUCCACAUAUUAAAGUAUAGAUUAUGAGCACCUGAUUCAUUGGCAUUUAAAAUCCUUCAUUUAUUAAAAUGGAAACGUUUUCAUUGAAAGGACAAGUAUCAGUCUAGUAGAGGACUUCACUGAUGUCUUCAAUGGGGAAGUUGGUGCAACAGUACAAACAAGACUUCUUUUGCUGCUCACGUCUUUGGUCCAAGCCUCUCUUUUUAGGAAAAAAUUGGGAGCCACUUAAGAAGCAAUUCAAGGCAAAACGUUCAUCCACUUGAGAACAUAACCCUCCUCUUGAAACCACUGAAGUCGUCAAACAAGAAGUCGACACGUCAAAUGGUUGAAACCUAAUCACAUCAGUUUCUUGAAGUGGGGACAACUUUUUUGGUGCUUUCAAAGACAUGCUAGUGAACAUUUCUGCCAAUGUAGCUCCUAUCUCCACCUCUCGAGAGCCAAUUGGAGCGUGAAAUGUUAUGUCAACUAGAGAUUAGGACCAGAGGAUCCACCAAAGAAAGUCUUGAGUUUCUUUGGUGCAAUGUAGCUCCAUUUCCAUCCUCAAGAGCCAAUGGGAGCAUGACCUGUUGCAUCAGCUGGAGAUUAGGAUGAGAAGGAACCACCAAGAAAGUCUUGAGUUUCUUUGGUUGAAUACAUCCGAUACAUUGACUGGUCUCUCCGCUGACGUAAUCCAUGUAUUUGGCGCACGGGAUAGGGGAUGCGUGGCUAAAUCUUUCUUUGACGUCCCCAGUGAACAACGUUCAUUCCCAUAUUUCAAUCAACUUUUGUCUUACAAUUGUUUUUUUUUUUUGCUUUAGUUUUUCUCUUGAUACCAAACAUGCUGCUUUUGCUCCAUUAUGCUGUACGUGAGAGUCUGAUUCAAUGGACACAAGUGUGCGAGAGCAUGAUUACGUGUGUUGCUCCCACCAGUCAAUCCAUUUCCUUAUGCCUCAACAGUCGCCCAGGAUGAAAUAGCAUGUAUUUUAUCAUCAUCAACGACCCGUUCCUGGUUACUUUGGGAUUUCUUGCGUUUAUUUGUUGGUUGUUUUUGAGGUGUUUCGUCAAUGGAUUUUGGCUAAUGAAAAGCAAGAAGCAGGCAUAGGUUUGCACCCUGAAAUUGCGGUACAACUAUCUUGUGAAACUGUUGUUGUAGGUGGGACUGUUUUACACACUCAUGCAUAUGCGUAUGAGGGGGAGGGGCCUGAACUCCGCCGUUAGAGCUGAUUGGCUGUACUGGAGAAUGCUUGAACAUGGAGUGUUCUGAUUGGUGAGAGAAUGAAAGGAGCCGUUUGUAAUCUAAUUUCCAAAAAGCCUUAUUCUUGUAACAUUAUAGAGAAAAAAAAUGAAAUACAUUAUUGUUGUAUUAUUUUGACUUAUUUUCUUAACAGACAUUUGAUUUCUUGGUUUAAUGUUUUGCUUUUUUUUUUAGCAAAGAUACUGUACUCUUUUUUUAGUAUUAUUAGAAAGAAAAAUUAUGCUCAUUUUGCUCAUUUUACGUUAAAAGACAUUCUAUUUUUUCACUGUAGAAAUGUAAUGUGAGAUGUGUUUGUGUGCAUGUAUACAUAGACGAAUGGGACGGGAAUGUAUACAUACACACUCACAUAUAGUAUAUUUAAAUGCAGAAUAUAAAGAUGUAUCCAAAUCUUCAUAUGAAUAGCCUUUUUUGUUUUCGUUUUUGAAACGGGCGCUCAUUUUUAUACCACCAUGAAAUUAUGAAAACUGUGUGUAUGAAAUCAUGAAUGACUUUUUAUUUGGUUUCGUUUAGAAAAAUGCAGAAAUUUCCCAUAAAUCAUUGCAGGGAGAGUUUUGACUUCCUGUUGCCCAAUAAUGAAGGUUGGAUUAUGAUUGCAAUCCUGUUGUUGUUCAUCAAUAGUGCGAGUAUGAACUGAAGUAUUACUUUUAUAAAAGACGUACAACUGGUUUACUAAAUACUGAAUUGAACAACAACAAAAAAAAAACAUUUCAAUGCAAUCAUCUCUACUUUCCAAAUUUUACUUAAAAAUUAAAAAAACACUAAAAAAUAAUUUUGUUACAGCCCAUAUCUGUGAAAGCUUUUUGAAACAUUUGAUUUUGUCUUUUUACUUUUCAAACCACCGAAUGUUCAAUCGUUUGUUGAUAUCAACUAUGAUUCUGAAUAUAAUGCCUGUAAAUAAACAAAUAUAUAUUAUAUGUAUUUGUAUAAUUUGACCCUGAAUAUUUCUGUCUUUGAACAAAACUGAGAUAACCAACAAAAAAAUGUUUAUGCUAAUGGAAACCCUGCACAGUUUUGAAAGAAGCUUUGUCUCAUGCUAACAGCUCUGUUUAUCUCUCGCUCUUCACUUCAUUUCUUUUUUCCUGAUCCAUUUGUUCAUUUUUUCCCCAACUCUUCACUUUUUUCCCUUAUCGUAGCCAACACACACUGCAGUCCAGUGGUGAGAGAAAUCACGCUGCUUUUUUCCCAAUAGAUUUGGUGCAUCACUCUUUUAUUUUUAUUUUUUGUAAGAUCCCUAAUACAUGUCUGUCAGAUUUUACUCCAAAAUCAAAAAGCAUAAAGUAAAUAAAACUUAAUUUUACUGAUUUUUAAAAGACUUUCACCACAAAAAUCACAGUAUUUCUCAUUAUUCAGUGGUGAUUAUAAUUAUUGCACAUGCAACAAAUUGUUUUUAAUCAAUUAUUUUUAUGUUUUUCACAUUAUAGUAAUGUGAAUUUUUUUAAAAUUUGAAUUUUGAGGGAACUAUGGUAAUAUUGUAUGGUUGGGGGAAUAAAUGUUUGUUUGUUUGUUUGUUUUUGUUUUUUGGAGUGAAAUUGGACAAAGCAAUAUAUUGGAAAUAUUUUAUGAGAUUCAGGAGCUUUUACCUAUCCCGAAACUAAAGCAGUAAUCAUUUUGUGUUUUUUUUUUUUUUGUAAUUCUGAGUGACUCUGUUGUUAGAUUGGGAUGAAGAAGGACUUAUAAAAUGCCCAGUGCCUAUAAAAUGCCAUAUGAACAGCAAGAGCGAACUGCCUUGAAUUGGUUGCGCGUUUGGUGAUUAGCUUCAAGUCAUCAUCACUAGUUUAAACACACACACGUCUCUCACAACUGCUUCUGCACUUCAUCUUUUUUUAAUUAGUAGUUCAUUGCUAGAUGUUUACAGCUGCCAUUUUAAGUUCACUUUUAUAAUUUAGUUUUUACGUUGAGGGGACGAAGUACGAGAGAACAUGGAAUCUGGAAAUUCCAGUGCUGCCUUUUAAACUGUUGGGAGUUUUGUGUGUUUCUAACAAACUUUUCCUUGGAAGGAAAAAAAAAAUGCAAAGGACACUCAUGCGAUUGGACUUGUUGGACUGAUCUCUGAAAACUAUGACGGCAAAAGUGCUCUGAAGUCCUGUUGGUCUCCUCAGCGUAAGGACGUUCAACAACAGGAGCCAAAGGUGUGAUUCGAUUAGUCUACAAACAACGAAGAACCAAUAAACUAAAGUGAACGUAUUAAAACCACGGCCAACAAAAACGAAGAAAAAAGCCAAACGUGAAAAUAGUUUAUCUUUGUACGAAGGCCAAGUGCUAUCGCUUUCGAACUGUUACUUCUGACGAACACAAUAACUGGUUUGAAACCACUGUGUAUGUAGAUAUGUUGACUUUGUAUUAAAGAAAUGUUGUCUGAAAA